GCUCCAGGAAGGCCAUGGGGUACCUGAUGAGGACAAGAGAGUCUAUGAACUCUGACACUGUGCUCUGGUGGUUGGGCAUGAACUCAGGGAGCGAGCUUGGGAAAUUGUGGAGGAAGCUGUUUAAAGGGAUUCCCAGGCUCUCGGAAUGCCAGUGACCAGGGCUCCUGGAUGCAGCUAGAGAUGCUACUGUGGAAGCUCUCUGACCUGGUGUGGACUUCAGACGCUCUAAGUGAUGAGCCAGAAGGACCUCUGUAAUAUGGCCAAAAUACACCCGGGAAUCUGCCACUGUCCCAGCAACUUUUCCAGAAAAUGCAAUUGCUCAUCUGAGGUCCAGACAUGCUCUGCCUGCCUCCACAUGCCUGGCAAGUCUGAUUGGUUUGACAGACGCUUCGACAGCACCGUUGAACCCCUACAGAGGCCACAAGAUCCCACGUCCAAUGAUGCUCUGAUAUUCUGGCUGGGACUCAAGAGAGUCAAGUCAGAGAAGGAGGUUGAGGAUAAGCAGCAGCAGCUGAUUAAAGCACCUCCCCUAUGCCCACUGGGCCAUGUGGUGUCCAACUGCCGGGUCUGUGCAGUGGUGGGAAACUCAAGGUCUCUACGCAGCUCUGGUCUUGGCUUCAGGAUUAAUCAACAUGAAGUGGUCCUCAGGUGGGUGCAGGGUAGGAGGUGGAGACCAAGGCCAAGCCGAAGGCUUUUCCUCCUCUAAAUGACCAUCCUAACUUCCUUUUCAGGAUGAACCAGGCCCCGUCCAAGGCUUUGAGGCAGAUGUGGGGAACAGGAUCACCCUGCGCAUUAUGUACCCUGGGAUUGCCAGCUCUCAGGACCCCGGUACCCGACUGCUGCUGCUUCCGUUGAAUUCAUCUGGUCUGGAGUGGUUCAUAAGUGUACUGCAUAAACAGACAAGCAUGUGGAAGCAAAAAAACCCUGGAUUUCAGAUGGUCCAGGUUCCUGGUGGAACCAAAGACAGCAAAGAUAAGGUGCUGGUGAUCAGCCUCUACUUCCUCAGGUAUAUCCAGGAAGGUUGCCUGGAGAACCACGGUCAGUAUCCAUCCUUAGAGUUUGUGGCUCUGUUGUAUGCCUUGCAUACCUGUGACCAGAUUCCCACACUGGACUUCCUGGGGUUCCCCAGACAUACCAGCUGCCUCACGCCUUCUCACACCCUGCUCCCUCUGCCUGGAAUGCGCUUCGCUUGUCUCCCAGGGGAAUCCUCUCUUCUCUCAAUAUAUAAUGAAGAACAACUAGUUGGUGCUCUCUUUUCUGGGCUCUGGGGUCACUAUAAGUAUUUAGAGUCUGUCUUCCUUGAAGAAGGUGAACUCCAGUCUCCUCCCAGCUCCAAGAGGAAGGCUGGCACACUAGCGGUUGAGUGAGUGGUGCUGAAGGCAUGAUAGGUGUGCAUGGAGGCAGGGCAGGAUCCAGCCUGUUACCCCACCACCAUCUCUUGUCUUAUCCCAUCUCCCAGGUAUCCUCGUUUGGUUUUGGGGCAGACAGUUGCAAAAAGUAGUCCCAUUACUGGGAUGACAAAUGUGAGUUUGAGAACACCAGGCAAAAUUUCCCAGCAGAAUACCAGAUCAUCUUGAAACUGCAGUGUGAGAGGAAGAUUGCUGUCUAUGGCUGAGAUGUUUCCACUGGAGUCUCCAAGAGGCUGACAGGUAGCCAAGGGGACCUUGUGGUGUCAGAGAGGGAGUCCAUCCAAGCAGACCCUGGAUGGAGAUCACUCUGCUACUGAAUAAAACCCUAGCUUAUUUCUCUCUCUGGAUUUCUGGUGGCAUUAAAGGGCUACAUAGGCCGGGCGCGGUGGCUCACGCCUGUAAUCCCAGCACUUUGGGAGGCCGAGGCGGGUGGAUCACGAGGUCAGGAGAUUGAGACCAUCCUGGCUAACACGGUGAAACCCCGUCUCUACUAAAAAAUACAAAAAAAUUAGCC